UGUUCAUGUUGAUUUUGACCAAUUUUUGGACACGCUUCUCUUCUUCCUCUCUAAAAUCUCCUUUUUUUUUCCUUCAUUCAAACAAAACACUUUGAAUCUAUGAAGACAUCUUUGAAGAAAUUGCGAGGAUUAGCUACUCUUAGACAUGAAAGGAAAGAACGAAGGCUUCGCCAACCUUCCGAUGAGCUUGCUAUGGCUGCUCAGGAUAUGCAAGAAAUGAAAGAUUGCUACGAUAGGUUGCUUUCUGCAGCAGCUGCAACUGCAAAUGGUGCUUAUGAAUUUUCUGAAUCGUUGCGAGAAAUGGGAGAUUGUCUUCUUGAGAAAACGGCAUUGAAUGAGGACGAAGAAAGCGGUAAGGUGUUACUAAUGCUAGGUAAACUGCAGUUUCAGCUUCAGAGACUUGUAGAUAACUAUCGCUCUCAUAUUAUUCAGACUAUCUCUGUCCCCUCAGAAUCCCUUAUCAAUGAACUGCGCGUAGUUGAGGAAAUGAAGAUGCAAUGUGACGACAAGAGAGAAGUGUAUGAGAAGAUGAUGCAAAAACACAGAGAUAAAGGCAGGGUUAAAGGAAGUAAAGGAGAACAUAUUUCUUCUCAUCAGCUGCAAGUAGCUUAUGAAGACUAUGACGAGGGGGCUAAUGUUUUUGUAUUCCGUAUGAAGUCCCUCAGGCAAGGACAAUCCCGCAACCUUUUAACUCAGGCAUCUAGACACCAUGCUGCUCAGUUAUCUUUCUUCAAGAAAGCCCUCAAGUCCCUUGAAGAGAUUGAGCCACAUGUCAAAUUGGUGACGGAGCUGCAUCAUAUUGAUUACCACUUCCGUGGGCUAGAAGAAGAUGAUGGAGUUAAUGCUGGCAAUGACAAUGAAAACAGUUCCGAGGAUGACUCUGAUGUUGGAUCUGAAUCGCUUGAUGAUGGUGAACUGAGCUUUGACUAUGGACAGAAUGACCAGGUUUAUACAUCAACCCAUUCAAUGGAGUUGGAUAAGGUGGAUGUUGCGGUUUCUGAAGUUGCUUCGAAGGGUGCAUCAAAGGAAAAUCUCAGUAAGAUUCAUGGUGGGAACAGUUUUUCCUUCUUCAGGGAUGUCAACAUCACUAAAUCAGCACCACUUCUGUCUGGGAGGAAACCAGAUCCUGCUGAGGGUGCCGCACGAAUGACUUCGUCACUCUCAAACAAGUUUCAACCAUAUGUUCUACCCACACCAGUGGAGGUGAAGAUUCCAGAAUCAGUGAAAUCGCAUAACAUAGACCUUCAAACAAAGCGGACUAGCCAGACUAGUGGUGUAGUUCAGAAGUGGCAUUCCUCCCCUUUGGAUCAGUUCAAAUAUGAAAAGCUUAUGGCAGGUGAUAAGUUCCCUGGACCUAUCACCGUGAAUACACAAUCAGUUCCCACAGAGAGCAAAAAUAAUGCAAGUACUGGUUGGUUGCCCCCUCCACUGUCAGAAGGCCUAUCAUCUGCACAACGUGAUUUGUCCAAUGCCAAAAAGGUCAAGAGACAAGCCUUUUCUGGUCCAUUGACGGCAAAACCAUGGCCAAAAAAGCCAAUUGUUUCUUCUGGUAGUCCAAUUGCCUCAUCUGGAUACCCUCUGCAUUUUUCUCUGCCUUUCUUGCAUACUUCAACGCCUGAACCUUCAUCGACCCCUAAAUUAUCUUCACGUGCUUCUCUCAUGUCAUCACCUAAAAUAAGUGAGCUACACGAACUACCUAGACCACCAGCUAAAAUAACCACUACAAGACCCUUACGUCCAGUUACUCGUUCAGGACCUUUGGUCUCAAAAGUUCAGGAUUUUUCUCCUACAAACAAAGCAGCAGUAUCUUCAGCUGCUUCUACCCUACCUACACCUCCAGCUCUUCCUCGUAGUUACUCUAUACCAUCUCGGGGUCAGAUAGAAACAUCACUUCAUGUUUCUAAGCCACUGGAAGAUAUGACUUCAUCACCUCCUUUAACGCCUAUAGCCUUGGUGAAGGACCGCCAUACUUCCCCUGCUUCACAGCCUCCAAGCUAGCUAGUCAAAUUGAAGGUGUAACAAAGAGAGCCACCAGGGAUUUUUCUGGCUUCUCGAAGGAGCUUAAUAAUUCUUCUAUCAGUGCAAUUCAGUUAGGGUGAAAGGCAGCAUUUUGCUAGGGUGUAUCCUAAAUCUACAGGUUAAGCCUUCUGUUGCUUCUGAUAUAUGGUGACAAUUUUGUUCUUACCGUUAAGUAUGUCUGUUUGCUUCUCUGGCGAGAUGCAGGCGUUCAUCUUGUUACUAUUCAUAGCUUGUAUGAGACCACAAUAAGUGGCUUAGACAGCUGUUUUGAGAUCUUUGUAAAUAUCUUACUAGUAGUAACCUAUCAAGAUGGAGAAUAGGAAAUUCUAGAGAUAAUAUUUUUUCAUUUGCUUCUUGGUAAGUUGUAACAGAUGGAUAGUUACAGUUUAAUUGAAAUAUCCUAAUAACGUUAGUGGGAGAUUUGGAAUAUUUUAAAGUUCAAA